AACCUGUAACUUCAGUUACGCUUUGAUUCUCGAACCUGUCGGACGUUAUGUUGUGAACAAAAGUGAGCGCAGUAAGUGAAUUCGCUGGUUAAUUUCUGUGGCGGUUAGUGCGCGUUUCUGUGUGUGUGUAUAUUCGUGUGUGCGUGUGUAUAUGUAAUGAAGUGCAGUGUAGCGUGUUAUUGUUGUUGUGCGCACACAUUACAAAUGAAAUGGCUACAUAGCGCUUUGGGUCAGUGCGACUGAAAUGGCCAUAAACGGAAAGGUGUAAAUUUAAUAAAUGUGGAAAAAAAUGAAAGAAUGAAAAUUUUCACUACCAGUUUCAACGCGAAAAGUUAAAGAAUAAUUAAAUAAGUGUUGCGAAUAAUCAUAAAUAAAUAAUUGUUAUUAUUGGAAAAAUAAGUUAAUUCACAGAAGUGUUGAAAGAUUCUUUGUAAGUGUAGAAUUGCUGCGAACGAAAAAUUAAUACUUCAUAGCCCGGCAGUUCGUCAGCGUUAACGAAUUCGCUGCCACUUUUUUGCUGUUGUUGUUGUGUUAUGAGGCGAAAUAGGUUUUAAGACCAAGUUAAAAGGCAAUAGCAGUAACAACACUCACAAAAAAAACAACAACAACAAUAAUAAACCAGUUUGCAGCGCCUGAAUGCAAUAUUGCCUACAUGUUUAUGUAUAUUUAUUUAUACAUAUGUAUGGGCAUAAGUAUGUAAAUACAUAUGUAUGAACGCAUAUAAUUGCUAUACAACAAAAAUAUAAAUAUUGAAUUUUCUACUAUUUAUUUUCGUUGCCGUUCGUUAAUUCUUUAGUGUUUUAGUGCAUUUUUAAUUUUUUACUCGCUCAAACCACUAACGAGUAGGCUCAUUCAUCUAUUUAGAAAUGUGUGUUCUUUAAGACUGGCUUUUGUGUGACAACGCAUUGGCAUAGAAUUUAAUAAAAUAUUCGAAAUAUCAAAAAUAAAUUAAUUGGAAAGAAAAUAAAAUAAAAAAAAUACAAAAUAAUUGGAAAACAACCACAAAAAUUAAAUAAACAGCAGCACACUGCAAAAUUAAUAAAAGCAAUUUAUUUAAUAACAACAAAACCAACAACGUGUUUUUAAAGUAGUAAAAGUGUAUUAUUAAAUUACAACAACAAUAAAGCGCAGCAUGCGCUCUAAAACAAAAAACACAAUUAAAGAAAUUGAAAUCCAAACUGCAGCCAGAGGCAGCGACGCCAACAGCGACAGCACAAUGCUGCCAACAACAACAAGUAUCAAUACAAGAAUGACAACAACAACGAGGAGAGGGCACAGCGCAAGUGUCCAGCAGCAAAAUUUCGCAAAAUAUGCGACACAGCGGUGUUUGAGGGGUAGCGGUGCACAGCUGCCGACUGCAAAAGCGCAAACGCAGCGGACGGAAUCCAUCCACCACCUGACAGCAUCCUUCACGCCCCGUUGCUUGUUGCUUGCAAUGCUACUAUGUUUCAUACACGCUUUAGGUUUAAUUCAAACAGUGCACGCCGUUUCGUCAGGUAUUACAAGUACGGAGGCAUAUUUCAAUGGUUCGGCUUACCUGCGAUUGCUCACACCAAUGCCAAUUUGGGAUCAUUCUGCCAUAAGUUUUCGCUCCUGUCGCGGUGGUGAAAUUUUAGCUCAACAAUAUAAUAAGAACUCAUUCGUCAUCACUGUGCUGAGCGAUUUUCUGCAAGUCUCACUGGCCGGUCCGGCGGUGAUUGGCCCCAACAACCGUUUAGACGUUAAACUGCCCUAUCACUUACUCGACAAUCACUGGCACACGUUACAGUUCAAGUACGAGUACGGCAAUCUCUACUUGUACAUCGAUCGCACGUCGUUAGUUUUCGCGAAUUCCACGUAUAACAGUCAAUUUCUGACCAACCAAGAUAUCGGCAAUGAGGCGGCUAUUUUGAUAUUGGGCAACUCAUUUAGCGGUUGUCUACAAGACGGACCCGGUUUACUCUUCAUCAAUGGCUCUGUGCAGAAUGUCGUCUACGGCACAUGUCCGUUGAGUACCGGUCCUUGUGGUGAACACGAUACGCUCAUGCCUGGACAGGAUAAUUAUUGCUCGAACAAUCCAUGCAUGAGUCAUGGCCAAUGUAUACCGUUAAACGAUGGUUACGAGUGCCGUUGUACGCCACGUUACGCGGGCAAGAACUGUCAGAUCGAUAACGGUUCGCCGUGUGCGCGCAAUCCCUGCGAGAAUGGCGGCAACUGCACCGAGGAUGUGCGCGGCGAUUACCAAUGCAAAUGUACACCAAAUUUUAGCGGUCGUACUUGUGAGAUGGAAAUCAAUGUGCAUCCCGCCUGUCAACCGAAUCCUUGUCAAAAUAACGGCGCUUGCAUUGUCGCGCCGGGUACCGCGAAAGUCGAGUGCGAAUGUGCUAAGGGCUAUGCGGGUUCGCGCUGUGAGAACGAUGUGGACGAUUGCGCCUCGCAGCCAUGUCAGAAUAACGGACGUUGCUUGGAUUUGGUGAAUGGCUUCACGUGUGAUUGCCGCGACACCGGCUUCACGGGUCAACACUGCCAGACAAAUAUCGACGAGUGCGAGGGCACACCGUGCAAACAUGGCGGUCGCUGUUACGAUCGCUACGGUUGGUUCAUCUGUCAAUGCCCCGAUGGUUGGGCUGGAGAGACGUGUGAGGAGCCGACGAACUGUAAGACGCAGCAGUGCUUAAACGGCGGCACUUGUGUGAAUAAGACGAUCGGCUUCUAUUGCCAGUGCGCGCCAGGCUACAGUGGUGAGCUGUGCCAGCAAAGUCCACCGUGUCCGCAGUGUCCCAUCGAUUCGGAGUGCAUUGGAGGGAAGUGCAUAUGUAAGCCAGGCACUACGGGCCCAAUUGGCCAUUGUUUACCAAUACCGACAACACCGUCACCACCAACAACAACAACCACAACGACGACAACAACAAGUACAACAACCGCCACAGCGCCAGCCACCAAUUUGUUGGUGGCUAAUGCAGCAACAACAGCAGCCGCAGGUGCAGCAGCAGCAGCAACAACAACAGCAACUGCUACUGCAGGACACAUGGACAUAACAACACCAAUAACAACAACAGCCACAUUGACAACAACCCGAAACAGUGCAACAAACACGGGAACAACAACAACAACAGCAACAAUAAAAACCACACAUAAUGCGCUAUUAUCACAUUUGGCUCAAUUGAAAGCAUGCCCUCCCGAUAAUUGCUUGAACGGUGGCACUUGUAGUGGCAGUGCUUCAAAUUUUACUUGUUUAUGUGCUAGUGGAUACACAGGUUAUAACUGCGAACUGCCCGUCACAGAUGGUCCAACGAAUGUGUUAACCGGCGGCAACAGCCCCAUCGGCACCAUGGUAAAUUGCAUCAAUGGAGGCAAGUGUUUGAACGGCGGCACCUGUUCAAUGAACGGCACACAUUGUUAUUGUGCCGCCGGCUAUUCGGGCGAACGCUGCGAGAAAGCCGAACCUUGUACGGCGCUCAAUUGCCAAGAGCCAAUGGUGUGCCAGCUGAAUAAGUGCGUCUGUCCAGAGAAUAAGGUAUGCACAGCUUGCUCGGCACAGCCGUGUCGCAAUGGUGGCGUCUGCACGGAUCUGUCGAACGGGGAGUACACCUGCAGCUGCACGUCCGGCUGGACGGGCCGCACAUGCACGAAGGAUGUGGAUGAGUGCGCUUUGGAUCCGAAUAUUUGCGGUAAUGGCAUUUGUAAGAAUGAAGAGGGCUCGUACAAGUGCUAUUGUACGCCUGGUUUUACCGGCAAACAUUGUGACUCGGAUGUGGAUGAGUGCUUGAGUCAUCCGUGUCAGAAUGGUGCGACGUGCAACAAUAAGAUCAACGCCUAUGAAUGCGUCUGCCUGCCCGGCUAUACCGGUAUUAAUUGCGAAAUAGAUAUCAACGAAUGUGAAAUGAAUCCCUGCAAGAACGGCUCAACCUGCCACGACAUGAUCAAUAAUUUCACCUGCACCUGUAUGGUCGGCAUGACGGGUCGCUUAUGUGAGAACGACAUCGACGACUGUAUCUCGGCGCCUUGCCAACACGGCGGACACUGUAUUGACAAAUUGGGCGGCUUUCUUUGCGAUUGUGCCAACACCGGCUAUGAGGGACAACUCUGCGAGCAAAAUAUCGAUGAGUGCGAAUCGCAACCUUGUCAAAAUGGCGCUGCUUGCAUAGACGAAAUAAAUGAUUAUCGCUGUAAAUGUUAUCCGGGCUAUAUGGGCAAGAAUUGUGAAACCGAUAUCAAUGAAUGCGAAAGUAAUCCUUGCUUGUAUAACGGCAAUUGCUUGGAACGUUCAAAUAUGACAUUGUAUGCGUUGAGUCAAACAAUGGAUUUGCCGGAAUUCUUCAAUCGGCAAUUCUCCUAUCAGAAUGCGAGCGGCUAUGAAUGCGUUUGUGUACCCGGCAUUAUGGGCAAGAAUUGCGAGAUCAAUAUUAAUGAGUGUGAAAUGAAUCCGUGCGGCAAGCAUGGCACCUGUAAUGAUGGCAUCGGCACAUACACCUGUGAUUGUGAUCCGGGCUUUGAAGAUCGACAUUGCGAGACCAAUAUCGACGAGUGCGAUCGGUAUCAACCUUGUGGCGCACACGGUACCUGUAUCGAUGAGAUCAACGACUACACCUGCGAUUGUGAUGCCAAUUAUGGCGGCAAGAAUUGUUCGGUUCCUUUGAUAGGUUGUUUGAGCGCACCAUGUCAAAAUGGUGGCAACUGCAAGCCAUAUCUAGUCAACGAAACCGAACAUCUCUUCAACUGCACGUGUCAGCAUGGCUUCCAGGGUGACAUUUGUGAGAAGACUACAACAAUUUCGAUGGUUGUCAGCAGUUUGAUAACGGUGAAGACGCAACGCGAGGAAGGUUACGAUAUAAAUCUACAAUUCAAAACGACUUUACCCAAUGGUGUACUCGCCUUUGGCACUUCGAUUGGACACAAUGAACCUGUUAGUUAUAUACUGGAGUUGAUUAAUGGUCGUCUGAAUUUACACUCCUCGCUGUUGAAUAAAUGGGAGGGCGUCUUUAUUGGUUCCAAAUUGAACGAUAGCAAUUGGCAUAAAGUAUUCGUGGCGAUUAAUACUUCACAUUUGGUGCUCUCAGCCAACGAUGAGCAGGCCAUCUUUCCAGUGGGUUCGUAUGAGACCGCCAAUGGCAGUCAACCGUCAUUCCCACUUACCUAUUUGGGCGGCACAAUACCGAAUUUAAAAUCAUAUCUGCGCCAUUUGCCGCAUCGUCCAUCGAGUUUUGUUGGCUGCAUGCAGGAUAUUGUCGUCAAUGGUAAGUGGAUCUUCCCCGAGGAGCAAGGCAACGAAGAUACGAAUUUGACGAAUAUACAGGCCGGUUGUCCGCGUAGCGAGCAAUGCAUGCCGAAUCCGUGUCAUUCGAAUGGCGCAUGCACGGAUUUGUGGCAUACAUUCUCGUGCACUUGUCAGCGGCCGCACUUCGGGCACACCUGCAAAUACAAUAUAACUGCAGCCACAUUUGGUCACGAAAACACCACGCAUUCUGCGGUCGUUGUGGAGACGAACGACUCGGCGCGUCGUGCCAUACGUUCCAUACUCGAUAUCUCGAUGUUUAUACGCACACGCGAGCCAACCGGUCAGGUCUUCUAUUUGGGUAGUGACCCAAGGAAGACCACCAUAAAAGGAGCAAAGCGUUUUAAAACCAAAAAUCUCUUUCUUAAAGCUGACACUGGCGAAUCGUAUGUAGCCGCCGAACUGCAUGGCGGUGAAUUACUAGUGAAAAUGCAAUUUAACGGUACACCAGAGGCCUACACAGUCGGCGGUAAUAAACUCGACAACGGCUAUAACCAUCUAAUCGAAGUGGUGCGCAAUCAGACGCUCGUACAAGUCAAGCUCAACGGCACCGAGUACUUCCGCAAAACACUCUCCUCCACGGGCUUACUCGAUGCACAGGUGCUCUAUCUCGGUGGACCACCUGUUGGCGAGCAAACGCAAUCGCCAACAACCACCGGUACUGAUCCCGCGGCGGCAGCAACGGCCGAAGAGAAUGUCAUAAAUAAUGAAGUUGAUGAGAAGGACUACUUUAAGGGCAUCAUACAGGAUGUGAAAGUAAGCAAUGGAUCACACACGAUGAUCGUCGAACUGUAUCCAUUGAACGAAGAUGACUUACUGCUGCCACCAUCGUUCGGUGUGGUCACUAUCGAUCGCACUUCGGUGUUGAAGGGUGAAGUAACGGAUGACUUGUGUCGCAAGAACCCUUGUAAGCAUAAUGCCGAUUGUCGUAAUACGUGGAAUGAUUACGUGUGCACCUGCCCGAAUGGUUAUAAGGGUAAAAAUUGUCAGGAGAUCGAGUUCUGUCAGCUGGUCCAAUGUCCGGGCAAUAGUAAAUGCCAGAAUCUCGACGAUGGCUAUGAGUGUUUGACGAACAUCACAUUCAAGGGUAACGAAAAGAAUCCGUUGGCAUUCACUUACUUCGUAGAACAAUUGACUGAUGAGCCGAAAAUGUUAGUGAAACCGAUUAUAGAGAUUGCGUACAGAACACGCGCUGGCGGCACUCUAUUUUUCAUAGAAAAUGGUGAGAGCUUCUUUGAAAUUGGCGUGAAUCAGGGACAAGUCACGGUCACUUGGAAGUUGAGUCAAGAAGCGUUUGGCGACACCAAGCGUUUUACCAAAGACACAUUCGAUUCCAGUCAGAUGGAGAUGUUGAACGAACCAGGUUGGAACCGCAUUUAUCUACGCGCGCAAGGCGGCAAACUCGAGGGUGGCUGGAAGGGUUGGGAGAGCAUGGUCGACCCAUCGCCCGCAUUUUCUGCCGACAUCGAUCAGCAAGCCUUCCAAGAGUUACUCUCCAGUGACACACAAGUCUAUCUCGGCGGCAUGCCCACUGAUAGCCGGCAAGCGCGUGGCAGCAGCUCAGCACAGCAGGGCUCGCAAUUCAAGGGUUGCUUGGGCGAGGCACGCGUUGGUGAUCUUUUGUUGCCUUACUUCUCCAACGCGGAGAUGUAUCCACGCACUGAGAACGUCUCGGUGCAGCCGCACUCGCAAUUCCGUCUCAAUUCGACCAAACCGGAUGAGGGUUGUGUGCUUUGCUUUAAUACGGAUUGCAAGAAUGGUGGCUACUGUAGCUCACCAUCGGAGCAGUACGCCUGCACGUGUCUGCCUGGUUAUGAGGGGGAAGAUUGCGCAACCGAUAUAAAUGAAUGCCUGAAUGCGACUUGUGAGAAUAAUUCCACUUGCAUCGACAAAGUGGCCGACUUCCAGUGCCGCUGUUUGCCUGGCUACGAUGGGCGUCUUUGUGAGCAUAAUAUUGAUGAGUGCGCCUCGCAGCCCUGUCAUAAUGGUGGCAAUUGCACGGAUCUAAUUGCUGCCUUCCAUUGCGAUUGUACGGAGGACUAUGCGGGCGUUCAAUGCGAUUUCUUGAAGCAAGUCACUUGUGAUAAUUUGCCCUGCCGCAAUGGUUCGACCUGUGAGGAUGGAUUUAACGCCAACACCAACAACAAUUUCACCUGUAACUGUAUGCCUGACUUCGAGGGUCCCUAUUGCGAUGUGCCCUUCUGCGAAACGACACCCUGUCAGAAUGGCGGUCUCUGCAUACUCGCCGAUGCUUUCACACCACUGUGUCAGUGCAGCUUGGGCUAUACAGGACACUUAUGCGAAAAGGAUAUCAAUGAGUGCGAACCCAAUCCGUGUCUCAAUAAUGGCAUGUGUCACGACCUCAUCGGCGCCUAUCAAUGCAAUUGCACCGGCACUGGCUUUGAGGGCAACAAUUGCGAUCUCGAUAUCGAUGAGUGUACCUCGGGUAUUGAGUACUGCGGCGGCCUUGGACGCUGCAUUAAUUUACCGGGUUCAUUCAAAUGCAUUUGUCAGGACUCUUUCUGUGGCGUCUACUGCAACUUUACCGAUCCGUGCAAGAACGGUGAAGGUUCACCGUGCAUGAAUGGCGGCAGCUGCCUGGAGGCGUGCGGCGAUGAAGCGGACUAUACGUGCACCUGUAAGGCGGGCUAUGAGGGCAAGGAUUGCACGCUGGUGAUGGCCGCUAAAGAUGAGGGUCCCUCCACCGCGGACAUUGCCAUCAUUGUGAUACCCGUGUUGGUGGUGUUGUUGCUUAUUGGCGCAGCGCUUCUGGGCACCUUCUUGGUUAUGGCGCGCAAUAAGCGUGCGACGCGCGGCACCUACAGCCCCAGCGCGCAAGAGUACUGUAAUCCGCGCCUGGAAAUGGACAAUGUGCUGAAGCCACCGCCAGAAGAGCGUCUUAUUUAGUCGUUGACAGUUGCUUUGCUAAUACUUUUUUAAACAUAUUUGUAGUUAAUGUUGACUUGACUUGGCACGAAAGUGAUGUAUGAAAUGAAAGUGAACUGGUUACUAUAAAGUCUUUAUCCGCCCAUUAAGUAUAGUUAUAAUAAAUAAUUAAGUGUUUAAGUGUAUUAAUUAUUAAUUAUGAAAUAUUGCUCAUUAAAACGGUUUGAAAGACAUGAGGCGCGUUAAAAAUAUUACACUCGUUCUUUACAUCGUGCAUUCGCUCGAUUUGUGCGACUUUCCUAACUUCACGUUACCGUUACGGAGUUUAUAAAAUGCAACCCUGGCAUAAAAAUGAAGGUAAAAUAUGAUUCGCGUAAAUAGAAACAUUAAAAGACAUUAAUCAUUAAAUAAUUAAGUUUAAAUGAGAAAAAGAACAAUAAAUAUAUGUUUCAUAUAAUGUAACUAGUUAGCUCAGACAACCUGUUUAUGUGCUCAGUUCAAACACAGCGUACUUUCAUAGAUAUAAUAAACGUAAAAUUUAUAACUUAACAUGAAAAAAAAUAAUAUAAAAUAAAAAUAUUUAUAGUUAAAUAGUUGUAAGGUUUAAAACCUCAGUAUUGUGUUUGAAUGCCAAGUGAGCAAUAAAAUUAUAAACAAAAAAUAGUUAUUAAAAAAAUUUAAGAAAAAAAAAACAAAUUUAAUAUUAAAAUUAAACAAAACAUUUUACUCACACAAAGAAAAAAAUUGUUCAACAUAAUUGCGAUCAGAAAAAAUAUUUGUGUAAAGCAAACGCCUCACUAUGGACUUCCAAACAAAAGUGCUCUUAAAGAAAUAUAAAUCCAAUUUAUGUAUUUGUCUAACUAAUCUAAUUCUAAGUCUAGUUAAGUGUAUAUCCAUUACUUAAUGCGAGGUAACCUAAAAUCCGCGACUACUACAACCACACUGUGGCUUUAUUUUGUGUAAUGACAUUUCGAUUCGCGUUACUGUUAUUUAGAUUUUUUAUCGUAUAUUUACUUAUUAUGUUAUACUAUAUAUACAUACAUAAAUACGUUAACUUAAGAGACUGUAUUAUAUUAAAUCGACUAAUUUAUAUUUAAUAUUAAUAAAGACCUUGAAACAUUCAAA